UUCACCUUAGACGCCUAGAACAUGGACAACAAGACUGAGCUGCGGUUCAUGGAGUUCUAACCGGCCGCUCCGUAUUUUAUCCUCUUGUUUCAUCGACAUGCAAAUAUGCUCGGUGAAUAUGGAGGUCUAACGAAGAUCAUAGCAGCGGUGAAGCCCAUGUCGUCGCUCCCGCCGCAAGGCUGCAGCCUCGUCGCUACAAUUUGACACCGUCGCUGCAGGCUCUGGCAGUUGCCUAGCAUGCUACUUAGGUGCGGGCCUCCAGGGCUGCCCUCCAAUACGUAGCAAGGCACACUUGCCAGCCUCAUCCAGCUUGCGUACCAUGAUAAGGCGGUUCGCCUCGUGAGUUGAGACUACUCGUUCUCGCCACCCCUCUUCCUGCAACGGCGUAGGUACAACACGCAUUUACUGCAUUAAACUCCAGGCCUUUAAAUCUUUAGAUGUUAAGAGGGGCCUUGCAACAUGUCCAACUACGGGACCACAGUUCUGUGUGAAGGCGAGACGCCGAUAGCGGUCGAUGUUGUGUUCGUACAUGAACUGGGAGGGGAUGGCAGAGACUCUUGGUCGCGGGACGGGUUGAUGUGGCCAGAAGAGUUGUUCGGCGAGCGAAUCCCAAAUGCGAGGAUUAUCACGUGGGGUUAUGAUUCGAGUCCAAAAGACUUUUUCCAGGGCAACGGCCAGCAGACGCUAAAAGGCCGCGCUUUGGAGCUGCUAAGCGAUUUGAAGGAUGAGCGACGCCAGGAGGAAAAGAACCGAUCCAUCAUAUUUAUAGGUCAUAGCUUGGGAGGCCUUACCAUAAAGCAGGCCCUGACCAAAGCGCACGGUAUCCCGAACAAGGCGUAAGGGAGAAGCAGCGCGAGGCCUUGAUAGGGGCUUCUUGCUCCGGUAUUGUCUUUAUCGCGACCCCCCACCAUGCUGGCGAUGUUGCGGAAUGGUCUGCUACGGCCGAACGGUUGGCGAAUGCGAUGGGCACAAUUGACCAGGAGGUUGUCGAUGCUUUGAAGCUGGGUCUACCCAUC